AUGAACCCAACGAAAGCACUCCAUAGCCUCUUCGACGACCGAGAAUCAGCCCUUCAUGUUCUAAUGUCCAUGGCGCUUCGAUAUCUUCGUCACGAUAAAACCCAAGUCCUUCGCAGCUACUUAGCGAUGUUUGACGAGUAUUAUGUCCUGGGUAACGGAUCUUACUUGGGAUCGCCAAUGAAGAAGUCAACCAUAAUGUCGGGUGACCUGGACAUUACAUUCGAAAUCCCUGCCAUGAAAACACUGAUAGAUGGCCUUUGCAAACAUUUCGCUGCUCUUUACCGCUUUCGCCAGGAAAACCCAGGUUUGAUCGACCCCCCGUCCAAUUGGGCCGAAAGCCUUGCCACGACCACCCCUCCUUCCAAUGUUGCCGAUGCCCUUCGAUAUUAUACGCGCAGAUUUCAUCAAGAUUGUCUACAGUCAAUCAAUAAAACAGACUGGCUUUACUCAUAUCUUCGUAACUGCAUCCUUGACAUCCCCGAUCGAGCGGCUCACGAAUCACACUGGGUCGACAACACCACCGUACUACGUGAGGUUCCCAAAAAUAACAAUGGAAAGCGAGGACGUGCAAACGAUCAAUGGGAUCAAAAACGAGGGUCAAAGUUUAUAAAAUCGCGCGAUGGUAGCGCACGCGCAAUCGACCCGAUACUCGAAUUACCUCCUGCCGCAUUUGUAGGCACGGGGCUGAGUUUACCGCGUUCUGGCACGGAAUAG